AUGACUAAUAAAUUUGUUUCUCAUUCCAUUUUAACUUCAAAAGAUGGACUAGAAUUUUAAGAGGUUAAACGCAAUUAGCCAAUUCAAGUUUAAGAAAAAAAGUUAUCGUUUAUGACUCUUACAGAAUAGAUGGUCGAAUAAGAAAAACUUGAUUAAUUACUUAGACCUGAGGUAACCAAAAUGUAAAGGAAAAAAUAAACUAAACCUAAUAUUUAUGAAAAGACUAAACCAUUAACAGAUGAAGGUAUGUAAAAUUAGCAUAAUUAAUAGAUAAUCUUGAGUAUGUUGAAGAAAGUGGGUUUAAAUAAGAAAUAUUUAAUGAAGAAGAUUUUGACUUUUUUUAAUAUUAUGGCUAAUUGAGAGAAAUUGAGAAUAGAAAAAUAAAAAUUGAAAGAGAACACAUUAAGCAAUUUAAAUAAAGAAGAUCUGAAUUAACUAUUGAUAGCACACCUCAAAUUGUUGUUUAAAAAGAAUCUUAAGCAUCUGAUAAAAUAUAUUCUGUAGGUUCUAUCAAAGUAGUCAAAUUAAAGAUUAAACCUCCUUAAUUUUUAGAAGAUCUUAAUCAUGAAAAUAAUAAAGAAGAAACAAAAAAUGUUGACAAAAAUGAAAACUAAUAAGAAAUUAAAAAUCCAAAUAUAAAGAGUUUUAAACCCCUAGUUAAUGAUGAUGAUGAUGAUAUUAUACCAGAACCUGCUGUAUAAAAAAAGGUAAAACUUGUAGAAUAUGAUUCUGAAUGAACC